UCUUGCGACGGUUGCUUGUUUCCAUGGAGCCGAUGGAAGCUGAAAGCAACGAAUUUGCGGAUUAGCUAACAGCUAGUUUAGUUUUCCAGCCGGUUAGGGGUAAUUUUUGUGGCCAUAUCGCGUUCAUAAUGUCAGGACGACACAUCAACGAUAAUCUAGAGACUCUGUUUUCAUUCGAACUUUUAGUUGAAUAUAUCCGAAUCGAGAGAGAAACGAAAGUUUCCGACGAGCUGGCUCUUGGAGUACGACUGCUGGAUUUCCCAACGCUGCUCAUUUAUCAGCCUGAGCCGAGAGGUGAGGAAUUGAACUGUCAGAAUGAAAAGCGGGGAGAAUACGCCUUUAACAGAGGCAAGUCUUGUGUCUUCAAAAUGAACCUGCACUCACUGCAUACCCACCUAUCAAACAGCCCUCUCUAUGCCAUGCUGCUGGAUGUGAAAGAAGGGAUACCCAAAUUAGUUGGGACCUCCCUCAUCUCACUGGCUAAAGUGAUGGACAGAAUCAGACAGGAUGUCGCUGAGCGUGGUGUUGCUACCCCCUCUUCACAUGGAGAGAGGGGGCUUGUUGGCGUGUGCGACCUCACAGGGGAAAAAAUAGGAUCUAUAUCCUUGAGUUAUAAACUGUUAAGUCUGGGAGCUAGUUUACUGCCACACAUCACAGAAAGGAGGGGCCCUAAACGCACCACAGUACAUGGAGGACAAAAUGUACAAGAAAGCAUCAAGGAGAGCAAUGUAACAACAAAAUCAUUACCAUCUAACUGUGAGAAAGUCCAGGCAUCCGCACCGGAUGAGUCUGAUGUUAGAAACAGACCAUCAAUAAAUGAGGAUAAGCAGGAUGUUCAUGUUGCCACCCAGACUGAACAUAUGCCAAGAAGCCAAAUGCCUCAGACUCUCCAAGACAGUGAAAACUGUUUUGAUGAGGAUUUAACUGUAUUCUGCCCCCCGCACCUUUACUACAGUAAUUCAGGGGAGGAAAAAAGCAAAAAUGAAGGAAGGGAUUACACAUUAUUGACACAAGACUCAGAGGCUUUUAUAUUUGAAGACACGUCGUCAGAGGAAGAGAAUUCUCCAGCGAAGGACCGGGGAGUGCAGCACAAUACAAAAACGUCAAGCGACCGGGACCAAACAAGUGUGGGGACUCCAAACGUCCUCGGGGAAGCUUUAAGACAGUUGCCUCUACUAAAUGCUCUUCUUGUUGAGCUGUCACACUUGAAUGGACAGAACCCACACCAGCCCUUGUCUAUUCAUCCCAAUUUAGCUUGGAUUUAUAGGCCUACAUCCACAGAGCCUUCAGCCGUGCAGGGAAACACACCACGAAAGGCACACACCAGAUCCUCACAGAGAACCAGACAGGGGGCAAAUUUAAAACAUCUACAUUCCCCUAAAAACUGUUCUACACCAAUCUUUAGGCCUGCAUCUGAAGGACAGCUGAAAAACAAACACAAAGAGGCUUUGAUUGAGUCCAGUAGGAAAAAGCUAGUAUAUGGAACAACUAAAACGUUUAAUCUAAGGCUCAAGCAGAUCUCUGCAGCUGCUGUAAAACGCCGUGAGUGCAUGGAGCUAACACAGAAUGAAACAAGUACAACCAAAGGAAAGACAAAAUGUAGUCAUAAGAUCAUGAAGUCCAGCAAAAGAAAAUCAAAAUUAAAUCAGAGCUCCAGUCUGGAUGAAAAUAUCCAGACAGUGAUACAAAACAUCACAGCAGAUUCAGCGCUACAAGAUACAAACACACUAAAACAGAGAAACAUGCAUGCAAAUAAAUCUGUGGGGAAAGUUCAUGGUAAACAAGACAGAGAAUCUCUGCAAAUGUCUGAAAGGCCUUCCUGCUCUGAAAGAGACAUAAAGUGUAUUCACAUCCCCAGAGUGGAGAGUGACAGUGUUGCCCAAAACAAAGACAACACUGAGCAUCACAGUGAAUCUAAUCAAUCACAAUCUGAGUCUGACAAGCACAGACAGAAAAUUGAAUCUUCAGCGAGCAGCAGACACAGCAGCCCAAAAUCUUUAUUCUCGGACUCCAGCGGGGAAGGAAGUGAGGAAGCAAACUAUGCUGAUGACUUUAACAGUCUUGAGCCCAGUGAUGCCUACUCUCCCGACCCCGCCAGCAGUCCCGAGCCCGCUCGAGCCAGAACUCCAAAGUCUCCAGUUCGCCUUGACUUCCGCCAUUCUGACUCCGGCUCUGAAUGCGUCCAGAGGAGAGCAGUCGUCCCCGUGCCCAUCAAAGCAUGCAGCUCUCCGCAUCGGGUUCUGAGGGGUACGCACAUCAUACGACCUCGAACCCAGGCCUCGGCUCUCAGCUUUUCCUCUGAUGACGGUGACAGAGAUGGGUCAGCUUCUGUACGAACAGUGCACUCCAGAAGAUACAUGACAGAGAGUAGCCAGACGGGAGCAGAAAGCGUCAGGUCAUCUAGAGGUCAGAGGAGUGAGUCGACCAAGAACAGCGGCCCAGUUCGAGGAUUUUCUGCCGAAUCAGUGUCUUCUUUUGAACCGCAGGAGGCAGAGGAACUGGAGGAUGAGCUUGGAUCUCUGGACUUUAGAAAAGAGUAUCAGCAUAUCUCUGAGCUGGUGGCCAACAAGCUCCCUGGUUACACUAUGUAAAUUAUAGUAAAAUUAAGGCUUUACUUGAAACAAGUGCAACAUAUGAGUAGCUUUAUUGUACCGUAGCAAAUUUCAGUUUUGAUGUCUGACAACUUUUUUUUUUAAAUAAAAACAAGCCUUUGUGGAA